GCUAUUUUUAGCACACCGGUUCUUAUCGCUGAUACACCUCUAGGAAAAAUCACGUAAAUUAAUAUGAUUUCUCAUCUAAUGCAGUAAUGGAGGAUAGGAAAUAAUAAUUUGUUGCAGUUUUUCCCCAAUUUUGACAAGGUUAUAAGUGACAUAUGUUACAGUGACGUACGCCGGGUUCGUAGCUGCUGAUUGGCUCGGUUCCAGUCGUUUCAGUGUGGGUUUAGGAUCUCUGUGUUUCUUCGGACCUUUUGGCCCUUUCUUUGCCAGUUGUGGCACAUCAGGGCAGCACGUCAUGCCGCGUAGAUCCAGCUAGGUCGUGUCCUCCGUCGGAGCGAAAUCUAGCGCGAGGCUAGCAGGGAUAACGGGCUCCUUAGCUGUUGGAUACAAAGUGAAACCACCAUGGACGAUCCCUACAGCUACACUACAGAACCACAAAUGCAGGCCCAGCCAAGACCUUACUACAACACAGUAAAACGAAGCAUGUCGCCCAGCGCCACCCCGAACACUCCUGGCCCUGCCCCAGCUCCAGCCGCUGCCCAGUAUCCACCUCCAGCAACUUGGUUAAACUACUAUCGUGGGACGAGGUACCAGCCACCCAAUCCAGCAGCAUAUGGUAGCUACGCCCAGCCACCACAGGCCAACCAUCACGAUCCACAUUUGGAACACCAUCAGGUGUUAGGCGCAAGCCUAUUCUAUAAUCAUAGCACAAACAAGACAUACAAUCCCCAAAAAAGCAUGCCUGCAGCCAGCCCCAAUACGACGCCCAGUAGUCAAUCUAGUACCCAGGGCAACCUCACUCCCCAGAUGAAGGAACAGCUGAGUAAAACGAACCUUUAUAUCAAGGGCCUCACUCCAAACACGACUGAUGAACACCUUGUCAAUUUAUGUAAAAAAUAUGGUAAAAUCACAUCAACUAAGGCAAUAAUUGACCAGAACACAAAUAAAUGUAAAGGCUAUGGUUUUGUUGAUUUUGAAUCUCCCUUAGCAGCCGAGCGGGCUGUGCAGGAUCUACAGAAAAAUGGUGUGCAAGUCCAGAUGGCAAGGGUGAGUGUAAAACCACAACAAGAGCAAGACCCUACAAAUUUAUAUAUAGCCAAUUUACCCGAUUAUAUGAAAGAAGACGACUUAGAUAGACUCUGUAGAGGUUACGGCAAUGUCGUAUCAACGAGAAUAUUACGAGAUAACAAGGGCCACAGUAAAGGCGUCGGCUUUGCUCGUAUGGACUGUAAGGAGAAAUGUGACGAAAUUAUACACUCGUAUCACGGAACCAUUUUACCAGGUUCGAAAGACGCUCUCCUAGUUAAAUUUGCCGACGGCGGAAACAAGAAGAAGCAUAAAACGGGGAUGGGAUGGAACGACCGAACAUCAGAUGUCAUCAAUGGGUGGGUGUUUAACCGAGGACUCCAGCACCUUAAUCGAGACUGGGCUGAUACCAGAGAUAUGACGAGCGGUGUUCCAUGUGCAUACGAUCAGACAACUGCUGUGGCUCAGAACGGAAUGGGUCCGACGAUGAUUUCGCCAGCCGGCAUGAUGCAGCGACCAUACAGCAUGGCGACCACGCCCGUGACGAGUUACCAAGUCCAGCAAGGUGGCGGCGCCGGCUGGGGCAUGCAGCAGCAACCUGUCUUCAUGCACCAGCACGCGCACAUACCGCACAUGAUGCACACACCAACCAGCAUGCACUCCGGGACGGCGCAGAUGGAUCCUAACUUAGUCAUGCCGCAGCUCGCCUCACAGAUGGCACAGAUGCAGAUUGCUGGAACAUCAUACGUGUCCGGUCCACACGGCACCUACACCCAGAUGGGCUACCCACAAGCCCAAGGUACACCUAUGAUGCAGACCAUGGUUGAGGACCCCAGCACCAGUGGUGCCGUGCAUGCAGCCACAUUCCACACUGCACCAGCGCAGCCCGUCGCCCAGCACCACUCGGCGUCGCCACAGGAUCAUACAAACAGCGCUGUCGGUGGCGAGGAGCAUCAACAUUACCAAUACACGCCGGCUGCUGCACAGGCGAAGUAAACCUGAAAGGUGAAAGAGUCCUAUUCAGUUGGUAAACUGGAAGACAAAGGUCGAAGAGUUAUUCGGAAUUCCACAAUUUGACGGGAUACUUUGCGAAAAUUGGAUUAGGACUUCAAAUGUGCAGUUGCAAGUCAACGGAAUUGAUAAAUUUUAGAAUUAAAUUACGGAUUUACAGAUUUCAAUCUCGCGGAAUUCCUCAAACAGAUAGGACUGAUGAAACUACUUGUAUUUUUCUAUUUUUAGUUUAGACCUAUGUCAAUAGGUGGCUCUAGCAUGGAGUAUUUUGUUACGAAUUUGUCUUUUUUUCUUUAUUGUUGGUACUUGAUUCGAAUUAUGUUGAAUGAUGAUAAUUUUUUGCUGGAUUUCUCCGUGCAUCGCGUCAAUUACGCACGCCGGGAAAUUCCGUGCAUUGAAUUUUAACUUGAAUAUUUUUUGUUUGUUUCUGUAUGAUAAAUGCGAUAAUGACCUACAUGUAUUGUUCUCGUUGAUAACGUUAAUUUUUUCGACAUUGCGUUCAGUUCUGUUUAAACGUUUGUUUAUGGGGCAGUGCUCCAUGCAACCUGAAUUGGUGACUGGCGCCAUCUUUUGAAAACGUUGGAAAUGGAUCACAUUUUAACACCGUUGGUGUGAAAGAGAAGCUAUUUUGGGCGAUACUUGUGUUUAGCCAGGUUUGGUUUCUUGGCGGUGGGCUUUCCGCAGUCAUCGAGUGUGUGUGCUCUCAAAGCUACGUCUUUUCCAAUCUCCGCAAUUCACAUUGUGAAGUGAGAAUAAAAGUUCAUUAUUGUUAUCACAUUUAUGUGAUUCACAUUGCGCAGAGUUUGAAUUGUAAUUCACUUUACUGCAAUGUGAAGCAGUGACGUCGUGCUCACAUUGUGGCAUUGGUUCACAUUGCAAUAUGGAGCUUCACAUAGAUACUGCCAUGCAACAGCUUCACAUAGAUACUGCCAAACCUGUUUGAAUGCAAAUAUCUCGAGGGGCGUUCCUAUUAUGGUUUGACUUCAGUAUCCUCUAACUGCUGACCUAACGAAUUCCAGCUCGAGCUCUGAUGUCACAGGAAGUUGGGACCACUGUGUUUUGAAAUAUAGUAUAACGGACUGUUCUCUUAAUUGUUGGGGUUGUUUUUCAUGUGAGUGAGUACGUAGUUCUUAGGAACUUUGUGGACAGGUGAUUCCGGGGACUCAAAUUUGAAAAGCAUACCAGUUUCGAGAUCUGGAUUUAUAAAUUUAGAUUAGGCCGGCAAUAGGGGUCACUAUGCCACCCCUUAGAAUAUCUGCCUGAAGACAGAAAUAACUGCAUGAGGUGGAAAUGAUAAAAUAUCUGCUUGAGGGCGAAAUUGUCUACCUGAAGGUGGAAAUAACUGCCUGAAGGUGGAAAAAUAUAUGCCUGAAAUGAGAAAAAUGAGAUUCUUUGCAUCGCAAUGGAAAAACUUGUUGGAUCCCCUCAAUACUUCAUUGUUGUCUUCUCCUUUCCUUUUGUCGAAUACACUGACAGGGUAUUGUCUGCUGUUCAACACUUCAAAUAUAUUACCAAAAGCUAGGUUUGAAUGCAGACCUUGACAUACGGGGAAAUCACUUGUCCAUAGAGUGCUUAGUCAAACGACACCCCUGGUGACAAUAUUUUCACAAACUCUAGGCCUGGCGCCAACUUGUAAAAUGAUUUCUUAGGCUUUGCAAUCGUUAUAUAUCCCUUUGCUUCAGUAGGUGGCUGCAUGAGAGUCAGGUAGUGGCAGAAGCGUAGAAAUUUAUGUCUGUGUGUCACGUGCGCAAAUCAAAAUUUCUCAUAGUAUUAAUUGUAUUGAAUGUUUGAAAAUUUGUCACGAGGGGCGUCGUUUGGUAACGCAGGCAUUCGAUACUGAUUUCAAACCAUAUUCGGUUGAUGUGUGUGACCCUUGAUCAGUUACUGGUCUUAACACUAAGAUUAUGGUAAAGGGGCGAUCCGAAAACCUUUCUUGAACUUCUGUGGACUGGCAGCACUUUGAGAGGGAUGAUGAAGGAAAUGAUUGGUACAUGAAGGCUUAUUAUGGAAAUCUUUUCAUGGGCAUGGUUUUUCGGAUAUGAUAAUAUUUGCGGGUGUAUAAUUCCUGUCCAAGAUGCGUUCAGUCCAUUCAGGUUCAGGAUAAGAUGUAAACUGUUGCUGUCACGUCUUUAAUGUCAUGUUAACACAAUUGAUUUGAUUGCCAGGUUUUGGUCACGGCCUCUUUUCAGUGAACGUGGUCCUGUACAUUCUGUGCCGCCCCAAAUUUAGGUGCAGUAAUAUGUACAUUCACUGCGUACAUCAUUUGUAAAUGCACACUGCUUUGCCUCAGAUUAUGUUGGAGUCAGUGUGCAUUCACAUGGGAGAUUUAGAAUUCUCUGGGAUAUUUCUCAAUGUAACAAGACGUAGCAUUAUUGUAGAAUAUGUACUGUCUGUGCACAUACAUUCAGGUUCUUCUAUAGCGACAUGAACUUUGCUUCACUGAGACCAAAUGCCCAUGGAAUACAGGUCUAACAGGAGUAGACCUUAUGCCCAUGCUUUACAACUCUCUUAUAUAAUCACAUGUAAGCUAAACACUUCUAAUACUCUCAUGUUUCACCGUUUUAUGGACAUUUUUACGACUAUCUGCGUCCUACAGCUGUACAUAGAGCAUCACAACUAUGUCACGCAGCAUUUUACAGUUUUAUCAAAUGAAUCGUGUGUAACCUCUCUUAGCUUUUGUUUUUCGGUCACGAGUACCAACGCUGCUCUUGUCCGGAAUUAUUUUUUGAAGUUAUUUAUUAUUACGAUUACUAUUCAGUACGGUACCUUUUUACGCUUAUUAAUACUUUCAAAAAUCAACCCUAAACGUCUAUACAUACGUCACUUCAUUUCCAAGGUGACAUCGUCGUUGGCCGUUUUUUAUGGUUCUUGUGAUAAGUUACGAAACAUGUCUGACGUUACAUUGGGAUCGACUGAUUCAAACACUUUUGACGAUUUUACCGAAAGUGUGAUUUAUCUGAGAUUCUAAAUUCUUCCUCCCGAAGUCUUGACAUGUUGAUUUCUUUAAGUCGAUAAAUUCUUCAAGGUUUAUGUCGAGCACAAAAAAAGUUGGCACAUAGGAAGCAAGAUGGUUUCAAAGGUAAUUAAACUUGUUGAUAACUAGUUGUUGUCUGGGAGCUAUUGUUCGUGUGUUGCGAGGAAGUUUCGGCAGGAAAAUUUGACUGGCACGUGCAAGACUUGGGAUGUGGAUGUUUUGGAGGGACCACACAAGUACAUUGAAGUACUGCUUAUAGAAGUGCCUCACAUAUUAUUGAAUUAUACCAGGGAUUUUCUUUUUCAUCAAUUUACCUUAAAUUACUAUGUUAAUUGGACACAAUUACUAUGUUAUUUGGACACAUUAUCAGCAUGUUAUGUUCAGGUGUACGCUUUGAUGUCGAGAAGUAUAAAAUGAUGAGAAUGAUACGAGAGAAUUCCAGACUUUCUGGAAGGCAGGCUUGUCACCGAUGCCUUAGCCCUAGGACCACGCCACCUUUAGUCACUGUUUGAAACUAUUUAUUAAGAAAUUAUGUUUAAUGGAGCUGCAUCCCAAAAGAGGGCGUUUGCUAUUGGUUUUCUACAAGCAUAACCAGAUUUGUGUUACUUAAAUUAAUAAUCGGAAAUUGUUACGGUUGGACCAAUAUAUCAAAAUUCGCUGCUGAUAUCCAGUAGUGCCAUCUGCAGUGUGUACUUGGUACUACAGACAACUUGGUCGCCAUCGGACGAAUUCUUACAGAGUAAGCAUCUCAGUUAUAGAAACCGACCAUAAAGUUAAAAAUGAUUGUUUAACAUUUACACAUGUAUAUGACGUCCCCUGGCGGACAAGUUAUUUUUUACAAUGUUCACUCAAUAGUAAUCUGUAUUGGUCAUCAAUGUAAUUCUUAACUAAAUACUACGCUGUUUUAGACACCCCAGUUAUUUGUCUUGACUGGUAUUUACGACAUGUUUUACACUUGCCCGUUUGUAUGGGAGUAUUGUACUGCCAUCUAUAGGUGUUUUACCGAACUUUGUCACUGGGCCGUUUUUGCCGACAUUUUUUCCAGUGAGCGAUCACAUGUUAACUUAUGGACGCAAUGUUUUACCACAUCAUGGUACGUGAUACAUUAUAUCUAUCUAUAUAUAACCAUAUACAUUGUGUACACAUAACGUAUAUUAUCUAGUUCUAUUUAUUCACGUUUUAAGAUAAAACUAAAUAGACAUUUUAUUGAACUUUAAAAGUGGCAUGGUUCUGGGGCUGGUCUACAAGUCAUUCCAAGUUAUGUCGGAUGGGGUGCACUGUACAUUUCAUAUACUACACUUACAAAGAUGUACAGGAAUCUUCAUCCUGCUCGACUUGGAAUUCACUCAGAAUUGCAUUGGGUACAUACCGCAAAGUGAGCAUGUACGAGGUUGUGUUUUUGGCGGGGGACUUUGCGACGCAAUCGCCUAGCAAUUUCACUGCCUAAACAUACCAACAGUGGGAGCAAGUGUACAUAGUGAAGGUUAUUUCUUUGGGUUUCGUGUGUAAGCAUUUUGUAGUGCCAUUUUGAUUUCUCGCUUGAGGUAGGCGCCGUUUCACGCCCGAUAUAAAGGUGGCGAACGGUUUGGUUCAUUCCAGAGUGCAUUCAAACCAAAAUGGGCUGCAGCAAUGGUGUUAGUUCGAAUUUAUCGCCCAUCGAAUUGGUUCGAAUGUUGCGUGGUAUUUGCUGUGAGAAUAUUGCGGAUCUGCUGCGUGCGUUAUAUAAUUGUUGUAAUACACAACAUCUGGAUCAGUUUGAUUGGUGCAAAUUUGUUUGUAAUGUUACCAUGGUUUCCACAAACUUGUUGUUUUCAUACACUUCUACCUUUUUGUUGUUCGUGGGAAGUCUAAUUUUGGACAAGAUGUUCUCGCCAUCUUGAAAAUGAUUCCUAAAGACUGGGUCCUGUCCUCUGUCCUUCAGAAUUGAAGGUAUCCAGCCAGUAGGCUAAUGCAACAGGAUUUAGUGUAUAGUCAUAGAACUUCAUGAUAUCGAGUUGGAAUGAAUGCCGCUGAAAUGAAAAAACAGGAUAUGGUAGUUGUGUAAGGUCUACCUGCAGGGGACAAUUGGACUCAUGGUAUCAAGGUCACAACCUUUGACCUUGAACUUAAAGGUCUAAAAGUGACCUUGACCCUGAAGUUUUGAAAGUGAGGUGUGCAGCCGUCCUGGGGCGGCAGUGUCUAAAUUAGGACAUUUUUCCGUUAUAAUUGUAGCAUGUUACGUAGUUUUUGCACAGUGCACAAUUAAAUUACCAUUUAUUUUGAUGUAGGAUGAUAAAAGAUACCCGGCUAUAUCUCGGGUUUACUGCCAAGAGUUCACUGUUGCAUAGUUCAAAGCACUAUCGUAGGUCUUUGUAGAUUUGUGUGAUCUUGAUGAUUAUUAGACCUUUGGAUGACCUUGACCUUUGAUCAGUCUUGGAUGACCUUGACCUUGAGAUUUAGCCGUACCCAUUUGAACCCAAAUGCGGGUUUCCUGCUGUUCUUAAUGUGCAUUAGACCAACGUAUGGUUUUAGACAUUGCUACCUCAUGUUCUACACAGUCUUACCAAAUGAAAUGGGGUGUUUCGAGGGGCUACCGCAAACGCGGAGAGUGAUACAGUUACCAUGGUGAUGUAGUUUCGUUACCGUCUGCGGAGUGAUCAACCAAUCGCGUUGUUGAAUUUUGACUUGUUACUGACUCCUUGUGGUUCUGUUUGUGGCCAGUAGGGGGUGGGUUGUUCUGUUUCGGUUGCAUGGAAAUCAGGUGGUAUUGUGAAUUAUGUGUUGUCUGUAGAAAGUAGAAUAUGUUGUCUUCUGUCUGGCCUGAUGUUCCUUGUACCUUCUAUCGUCUGGCCCCCGGCCGAUCUGACGUUGUGUCUUUUGUAGAUAGCUGUCAAAUGUUUCUUAAGUCAGCAUAUCUAAUUGACUUAAAGUAGACUAGAUAGGAUUCAGGUUAAGUUUUUCAAAAAAAACUUUCAUUUGUCGAGGUUCUAUUUGCGAUUGUACAUUAUUGUCUUGUUGUACUGAACAUGUUGAAUGAAUAGUUGUCCUGUUUCCCGUCGCGGAGUUUCGGGGAUCUGUAAUUGUAAUUGCAUCAUUUUGUCUCACAAACUGUCGUCAUAUGGUUCAUGGUCAUAAGAUAAAAAUAUCACUUAGUUUAGGCUUGCACUGCAUGUCAUGUUUAUUACACUCGAUUGCAUGAUCGCUAUAUAGUUAGGCAUAGAUGUUUUUAGAUUUUUCGCGUAGAUAAAAUUCAGUGGGUAGGGCACUGCGGUUUUUACUGCUUCGUUUUUGGAUUUUUAAUUUUCGCGUCUUCUCGCCGAGAGGAGCACGUCAGGGCCUGACGUUGUACAUAGAAGAAAAAUGGAACUUGGCGCGCAAUUCCUACACCAUCCUGGUACAGUUUCCAAUGGUCUUUAUUGGGAAUUUAUACAGUCCCGGGAUAUUCCCCGCGGAUUUCAAUGGUUGUUGCGUUUGUAAUAAGUAUUAAAGGGAGAGCUGUUCUGUAGUUUGUAAAGUCAAACGUUAUUUGUCAAACAUUACUCUGCUUUGCACGGUGGAGGCGCCUGGUGUGCACGAACCGAACUCAUAAUCUUGUUCACGUAUCGUAGUUAGAGACAUAUAUUAGCACACAAUAACGAAAGCUGCUGCCAAAAGGUGGUGCGAUGCAGGCUCGGGGGAACUGUACCGGCUAUGGUGAUAACGUAAACUCUCCAAAAAGAAGACCGUUGUACAUUUUGUACCGACCGUCAACAAUUGAGGUGCAUAUAAUCCUCGUCACAUCGUGCAAUAUUAUAGCCUGGAGAAGAACGGAAUUGUGGGAGUUGUCGUUUUGGCCAAGUUCCUUCAAAAAAAUGUAAUAAUAUCAAAAAAUCGGUAUGAAGUAAAUGUUGCAACUAUCGUCUGUAGAUAUUUGAUUCUCGUCUUGUAGUAACAAUGUAUAGAUGCUAUUUUUAGACCCCAUGGCUAAAUUCGUAUCGGGUCAAAGGUCAAAUCGGACGAAUCGGGCACAAGAUAUUUUUUGCCUUACAGUAACAAUGGCAAGUCACUUUUUGUUAUAUUUGUGUUGAAAGAAGUUUAUUCGCCUAUCGCUGUACGGUUUAUGUAUAGUACCAUAUAAGGCGGUUAGUGAAUUGUAGUCGCAUUUUUUGUGAUGUGUGAACGUAGUCAUAAAUUGAACCUUGUGUACAUAGUAUUUAAGUUAAUUUUUGUACAAAAACCCUUGUGGGCAACCCUUCAUAAGUAGUGUUUAAAUAGCCUGUUUCGUCCCGAUUCUGUAUUUGAUCCCGAUGUCGAAUUUCUCCGUGUGGUAGUACUUCACUUCAUCUUAAGUACAGCCGCUUCCCGUAUCCGUGUUAAUAUAAACAUAUAUCGUAUCUCGCAGUGUAGUGCCGAAAUCGGUAGUCUUUGUACAGCCACACCAUUGGUCACUUUAUUAGCCAAUCAGAAUUAGGCCGUUUUAGAUGUACACCUGUUGUAUGAUAUUUCCUGUAGCCACUCGCUGAAGCCCUGUCCGCCCGCCAGCAAUGUUAUGUAGUUUUUUGAGGCAUUUUUGUACAGAAUACAACUUUAUACGUUGUUUAUUGUCGAAAGUAUGAACAAAUUGAGGUUGGUACUUUUUCAUUGCGAUACAUUACUAAUGUAUGUACACGAGCACGGUCCUCGCGCUAUGUAUGCCCGGACACUAUCUUGAUAUAUGUGAGAAUAUUAUAUUAACCCUUUGUCCAUAUUUGUGUUUUGGUACGCCAGGUGUUCUCUAGGUAAUGACUUUAUACUUUCUCUCAUAGAGGGCACGACCGGUACUAUGAUUAAUUGAAACAAGUACGGGGCUUGAUAAUGCUAGUUAUAUAACCAACAUACUAAUGUACAUACGUGUAGUUAACCGCCUUUUGUUAUUAUUCCUAUCAAUGAUCUUGUAAUGCAUUGACACACUAUCAUAUUUAACCAAGAAAUAACCAAGAUUUUUACCAAGAUAUAUUGGGCUAGGACGGGCAGGGCUUGCCUCGAGGCAAUUUUAUGGAGAACGAUAAGUUGUUUUUUUGAGUGAUGUUGACAAGAGAAAAGGCACAUUUUAGUUCGGGUAGCCAUCUUCUGGUUACCGUUGUUUUCCCUUGUAAAAUGCAACAUGAAAACGAGAAUAAAUUCUAAAUUUGUUGAAUUAGAA